GCGGCGAGCCCGGGCACCGGCGGCUCCCUCGCCCGCUCCCGCCGCCUCCCCGCCGCUCGCCUCCCCGCCGGGACCGGCGCUCCAUGGAAGGGCAGCGGCGGCGGCCGGAGCGCCUGAAGUUUGCCCGGAGCGAGGGAUGAGCGAUGGAGGGGCCGAGCCUGGCAGGAGCCCCGUGCUGCUGGCCGAGCCCGCAGCCACCGGGCGGGCCCGGGAGAAAGCGCCCACCCGGGCGGAGCUGGAGAGCGCCCUGCGCGGCGGAGGCGGCGGCAGCGGCUUCAAGGACAUCCCGGGAACGUCGGCGGUCAGCCCCGGCUCCUCCAAGGAGUGCGCCCCGGACAGCGAGAGCCCGUCGGGAGCCGGCGAGGCGGACUACUGCCGCCGCAUCCUGGUGCGAGAUGCCAAAGGGACGAUCCGGGAGAUCGUGCUCCCCAAGGGUCUGGACCUGGACCGGCCCAAGCGGACGCGGACGUCCUUCACGGCGGAGCAGCUCUAUCGCCUGGAGCUGGAGUUCCAGCGCUGCCAGUACGUGGUGGGCAGGGAGAGGACGGAGCUAGCGCGGCAGCUCAACCUCUCCGAGACCCAGGUCAAGGUCUGGUUCCAGAACCGACGCACGAAGCAGAAGAAGGACCAGAGCAGGGACUCUGAGAAACGCUCCACCGCCACCUCCGAGUCCUUCGCCACCUGCAACAUCCUCCGGCUGCUGGAGCAAGGCCGGCUCCUCUCCGUCCCGGCCCCCCCCAGCCUCCUCUCUCCCACCUCCAACCCCAUCAGCAGUCCGACGGGCAACGGAUCCAGCUUGGCCACCCCGGGAACCACGUCCCCCGGGAUCGGCAGCGGGAGCAGCCCCCCGGGGCCGGGAGCCUUCAGCCUGCAGGUCCCUUCUCUCGCCUCCUCCUCUUCCUCCUCCUCGCCCAGGCUGCCGGCCGCCCCGCUGUGCUUUGGGGGGCCGCUCCUGGGCAGCCUGCACGACCUCCCGGGCACUUACGGACUGGGCACUUCUGCUUUUGAGCCUUACACGCGCCUGGAAAGGAAAGACAAUUCUAUACCCAGCAAGAAACCAAGCCCUUAAAUCAAAAUGAGUGUCAAAAGGUCUCCCCCCCGCGCCCAUCCCCGCGGCCCCCACGCCCCCCACGCCCCACACCGGGGUUUGAUUUGGCAGGUGGGAUGUGGAAGACCCUUUACCACCCACCCGGGUGUGUGUGCACGAGUGUGCGCACACGUGUGUGAGCGUGCACGCCUGGCCCCCGCCCCAGACACCCCGACACCGCCGUGGAUGACACCCCGCAACUCCUCACCCCAGGGCUGACGCUGACCCCGGUCACGCCUUGGGGGGGUCCCCGGGGGUCCCGUGUCACCGGCGCUGUCCUGUCCCUCACCGACGCCGCUGGAUCUGCCCGGGGCCGGGUCCCCCCUCCAGGUAUCGCCCGUUCGGGGUUUGGAAGACGAUGCUGUGGUCUG